AUCUAUAAGGGACUGACUGAGUUCAUGAUUCAUGAGAAGGCAUGAAGUUCCUCACAGUACUCCAGAGAAUCUCGUGGCGAUAAUUUUUGCUAGGGAAAAUAACGACGAACACAAUCGAUUGCCUGGGAGGAUAGGAUGGGUUCAGGAUGUCCGCCAUAGUCUAGCUUUCUGUGCUGCCCUUGGACUAUGGAAUGCCAGUCGGCCUGGAUUUCUGCCUACCAAGUGGCACGGCGAGCACGCUUAUCACAUGCCCCUCACGAUCGAGAGGCUGCGAAAGCCAUUUUGCGUUGCGAGGAUUGCCGUUUUCUUUUCUCCGUUUUCAUCUUUCGUUGGUUUUUUUUUUUCGUUGGUGGAACAUGGAUAUUGGUGUGAAUUCCAUGAAACGAACCCUCAUGGCAUACGGGCCGAAGGUUAGCCACUUAUCCUAAAUUUCGGCCCAUUUCUAAUACUAGUUCUUGUGCGCUGAGAACUGAUGGCAUACGGGCCAAUGAGACGAACCAAUGGCAUACGGGCCGAGCGGCGCUGUCGUCGACGUCGGACAACACACCGUUGCUGGAUGCUUAAGAGUGAAGCAACUCGUCUUCAUCUUUUCAUCCGUUCCCCGUUCCAGGCUCCGGUAAGCUAAAUUCCUCUCCAUCCUGGUGCUUGAUCUACCUCCUCGUGCUUGAUCUGCCUGACUUCUGAGAUCCUAGGCGCUGCGGCUGGAUCGGCGGCUGAAUCGAAACCUUCGGCGAUCUCACCAAGCGCCUCGCUCCGGAGGACCCGUCGCCGCGCGGCUUGGUCAUCUUCGCCCGCCCGAUCGAGAGGCUGCGAACUGGAGGAGAAUCGAUGGGCGUGACGCUGCCCGAGGACGCCCUCGCGGAAAUCCUCCGCCGCCUCCCGCCGCGGAGCCUCGCCACCUCCCGGUGCGUGUGCAAGGCGUGGCGCGCCAUCGUCGACAGCCGCCGGCUGCUGCUCCCGGAGCUCCUGCCGCACUCGGUGCGCGGCAUCUUCUUCAUGUGCCGUGACAUCAAUUUCCCGCUCUUCCUUUCUCACCCCUCCACGGAUCCAGAGAUGCUCGGCAAGCUUGACUUCUAUCGUGAUCCGGAUCUCUACGGGUCUGCCUCCGUGUUGAGUCACUGUAAUGGCCUCCUGCUUUACGAAGACAUACGAGGGCUCCAUGUGGCAAACCCCGCCACACAGCGGUGGGCACACUUGCCCCCGCUGCCGCGUUUCUGGGGGCUAUUUUGCCACGGCGCGCACCUUGUGUUUGAUCCCACCGAGUCACCGCACUAUGAGGUCUUUCUCGUUCCUGAGAAUUUGUUCAGAGAGGACCCAGACAUGGAGCGGAGGGAGCAAAUGACGGACGAGGAAUGGCCACCAUCGACAUGGGUGUUGUGUGUUUUCUCAUCACGGACGGGGAAGUGGGAGGAGAGAGCCUUUGUACGGGAAGGCGAGGCUGCAGGCAUGGCAUCGGACAAGGCAUUGCAGCGGCAUGAUGAGCGUGACUCAUGGCCGAUCUGCAGCGCUUAUUGGAAUGGUGUGCUAUUUGCGCAAUGCAAUGGUGGAUUCACUGUUAUGAGAAUAUCCUUGUCAAAUAACAAGCAUAAAGUGAUUAAAAUGCCAACUGGCAUAGGAGAGUUGGAAAAAGUUUAUCUCGGACGGUCAAAGGAAGAGUUAUGUUGUGCUACAAUUAAUCGGGAAAAGCUUCGGGUUUGGAUCCUUGACGAUUCAUGUGGUAUGAUGGGGUGGAGGUUGAAGCAUCACAUCGACAUUGAGUAUACUAUCUCACAUGUAAUGUGGUUUAUAGAAAAUGAGGGACCUUGGAAUUUGCAGGAUAUUAGCAAUAAUGAAGACAAUGGUCUACAGAAUUUACAAGAUGUUAACAAUAAUGAAGAUGUCAACAACAAUGCACCUGUGAAGAGUAAAGUUGAAUGGGAUUCUGACAAUGAUAACAUUAUCGACCUUGAAUCUGAUGAUGAAGUGAGCUUCAUGGGAUGCAAUACUGUCCUUGGGUUUCAUCCUUACAAAGACGUCAUCUUCUUGAAUUUUGCGCUUGAAAGGGCUGUGGCCUAUCAUCUGAAUACCUCCGUGGUUCAGGAUCUGGGUAAAGUAAGGCCAGAUUAUUACUGUGGUUAUGCGGCAGAAUUAUUAUCAUCUUUCCUGUACACACCGUGUUUGAUGGCAGAGUUCCCCGAGGAAGGCUAGCUUAUUUGUUAGAAACAGUUUGAACCCUUAGGCAGUUGGGCUUAUGGCAUCCUCGUUUUAGUUCAUGUUAUUAGUUUAAUGUCGUAGUCUUGAGAAGAAAAACUCGUAUACAGCUUGCAUUACAUUGGGACAUGUAUUCAUGUACCCAUAGCUUUGAUGUUAUUUUAUGAACUCAGUUUGAACCCUUAUCCCCUGCAAACUUAUUUUAUGAGAUGAAUGAUAUAUUCAUGUAUCCAUAGCUUUAAUGUUAAUGUCAUUGUCA